GGCUGCGCCGCACGUUACCGCGCGUUUUCCUCGCGUUUCCUAAAAACAACGAAUAAAUAGGUGAUGCGAACGUUACUAUAAACUACUUUACUGUAAAAUAUCGUAAUAGUUUGUAAGAAAAACUUUAACCAUGCUGAGGUCAACAUUAAAGAAGUGAUCAUAUAGGAGAGCGUUAAAGUUGUGAACGGAAAUGAAAAAGGGAAAAGUUCACAAACCUGAUGAUUGCGUGUAACGUUGUAAGUGAAUUGCGAGGAUGGCGAACGCAACGGCGACGGACGCUUAUUGUGUGCCCGGUGCUACAAAUUUUAACAAAGCUUACAGUAGACUACAUGGCUACAUCGCUAUAGUUAUAUGUAUUAUUGGAUCUGCGACUAAUUCUAUUAACAUAGCCGUACUCAGUCGCCGGGAAAUGAUCAGUUCAACGAAUUCUAUUCUCACUGGCCUCGCUGUUGCGGAUCUUCUCGUAAUGUUGGAAUAUAUUCCAUACGCAUUGCAUAUGAACAUCAAAAUAGGCCCACAAGUUAAUAAAAACACUUACUCUUGGGCAGUUUUUGUAUAUUUCCAUUCAAUUUUCAGUCAAACGUUUCAUACGAUAUCGAUUUGGCUAGCCGUUACUUUAGCAGUUUGGCGGUAUAUUGCAAUUGCUUACCCGCAAAGAAACAGAACAUGGUGCAGUAAAAAAAAUACGACUCUAGCGAUAGUAAGCGCUUACAUAAUUUGUCCAUUUUUAUGUCUUCCGAUAUAUUUCGCAAUGAAUAUAGUGCCGAGUGAAGUGACACCGCACAAUAAUUCAGAAUUCGCCGAAGACUUAUCGUUACCACAAAACCGGACCGUGUAUGUGUUAGAAAUGUCUAAAAACAAAGAGUUAGUGACUGCAAUCAUGUGGAUAUACAGUGUUAUUUUGAAACUCGUUCCUAGUAUAGCUUUGUCAGUACUGAGUACUUGUUUGAUAUCAAAGUUGACGUCAACAGAAAGAAGGAGGCAAAAAUUGUUAAAGAGAUCGACGAUCGGAUCCAAAGAGGUUGAAAAACAAUCAUUGGCUGACGAGUCUUCAGCGCGAAGGUCGAGUCGGACUGAUCGAACUACGAGGAUGCUGCUAGCGGUCCUUGGACUCUUUCUGUCCACUGAAGUUCCUCAAGGUCUUCUAGGCCUUGCAAGCGCAUUAGCUCCGGACUUUUUUAAAAGCUGCUACAGUAUGUUCGGUGACCUGAUGGAUGUGUUGGCACUGUUCACGUCUUCAGUGAACUUCGUGUUGUACUGCAGUAUGAGUAGGCAAUUUAGAUGUACCUUCGCUCGAUUAGCACGACGCAUGCUGUACGCAACUGAAGAACCGGCCAAAUUCGGUACUAAGCUGGAACCUACAACGCAGGUCACCGGUCCGCUAUAGCGACCGAUCCCCGCCCUCACCAGGGUGGUGGAGAGUAUCAUAUAGAUUUUAACAGGUUUAUCCCGCCCUUUGUAACUUUAAAGCAAGAUCGAAGGAAUUAGCUGUAAUCUUUGUAACAUAUUAUUUUAAUUAUUACAAGUUUAACUUUACUAUUUUCAUUCGUAUAUUAAGAUUAUAUAAUUAAUAGUAAUUAUAUAUAGUACUUGUAAAUUUUGUAAAGUGUGUUAAGAUAUAAAUUUUCUUAUGCAUAUACUAUGUAUAAGUUCUAGUCAUUGCGUCUUUUGAGCCGAGACGCAAAAACUAGAUAGAGUAAUAUUUAAAUUUCUAGACAUAACAUUUUAUAUAAUCUAUCCGUUGUUAGUUCAAUGUUAGGGUCCAAAAUGUAUUU